CACACUCGCGCGAUCGGAAAGGAUUACGGUUUGAUUCUGGUGUAACGGUUAACGGGCGGUUAAAAUUUUCAAUAUACAUAUAUAAACGAAAUGGCAACGCGGCAUACUUUUGCAGCGUUGUCGCUAUUCCUAGCGAUAUUUAUACAUAAUUCUUAUGCUGCAUAUAAUUCAACAGCAUUAGCCGUAGCCCCCCCAGGAUUACCAUUCACAAAUGAUCUUGCGUAUUUGUUUUUCAAGCAUGGUGCAGCAAUAGGUGCUGAAUCAUUGAAUGGAACUUUAAGAGCGUACGAUGACACGAAAUGUCUAAGAGAUAUUGAUCGCAUAUCAAAUGCGUUGGGCGAGUAUUAUGAAUGGGCUAUUGAGUUCCCCGACACUUGGGGCCGCCUACCCGUCGGCUUAAUGUGGGGUCACGCUCUUAGCUUUGGCGCCUAUGAAGAAUGUAUUGCUGCUUCUUGGGAAUUCAGUACAGAUGAUACGUUACGUGGUCAAUACUGUCUGGCGCGUGUGCCCAUUAAAAAAUAUAUGGAUGCAAUUAUACCACGCGAAUCGACUGUUCAAGCCAGAAUUAGUUAUAAGUAUACAAAGCCUGAAACUUUCGAACUGGGUAUCUGCAUACCCAGUUCCUGCUCAGCUGAGUUGGGAAACACAAUAUUGACAGGUGUGAUGAAUAGAUACUAUGACACUAACAUUUCCACAACUAUGGUCAGCGAAAGAUAUUGCAAAUAUGAAGAGACCGUGAAGCUAAGGGCCAUCGAUAUCUUUGCUAUUGUUUUCUUCAGUUUCAUUGUUUGCUGCUUAUUAGCAAGUAGUGUAUAUGAUUAUAUUAAAACUAAAAAUAAGGAACCGAAAAAACCACUUUUCGUCGCCUUCUCCGUGCUUACGAAUGCACCAAAAAUUUUCACCGUUAAAAAGACCAAUAAUCCUAAUGUCAUUUCAUGCUUAAAUGGUCUACGUUGUUUCUCAAUGAUGUGGGUUGUCUUCGGCCACGGCUACAUGACUUUCUACGAAUUGCCCCACAUUAAUAGAGAUAAAUUUUACACCUGGGUAGAAACACCAUAUUCCAUGCUGGUUCAAAAUGCUACACUCUGUGUAGAUACAUUCUUCUUUAUGUCCGGUCUUCUGAUGUUGUGGGGUGCUUUCCGUGAAAUGGAACGCACGAAGGGAAAACUGAAUAUUGGCAUGAUGUAUUUCCAUCGAUAUAUUCGUCUGACUCCUGUCGUAGCCGUUGUUAUCCUAUACAUUAUGUCAUUGUACAAAUAUUCUGGCCAUGGUCCCAUGUGGAUGAAGAUUGGCACACAAGAUGAACGCUGUUCGGAUACGUGGUGGGCAACUCUGUUGUAUGUACAGAACUAUGUCUUCCCUAAGAAGAUUUGUAUCAGUCAGUCUUGGUAUUUAGCUGUCGAUACACAACUUUAUGUACUUUCACCGCUCUUCCUUAUUCCACUGUGGAAAUGGGGCAAAAAGGCACUGGCUCCAAUCAUUCUUAUCGGCGUUCUCUGCAUGGGUUGCACUUUUGCCACCUUCAUGAAAUGGAAGUUCACACUUUUCCGCGUCGAUGAUGACCAUGUGGAUGAUCGUCAGCGUUUGACCUACUAUCCGACACAUACACGUGUACCUACUUGGUUGAUUGGUGUUAUCUUUGGUUACUUCUUGUACACAAAGAAUCGUGGUAGGCAAAUUCCAUUGGCCAAAAUAUGGGUAAUCUCCGGUUGGGUUGUGGCAUUUGGAGUUAUGCUAGCUGACUUGUGGGGUCCUUAUUGGCGCAUAUUACCUGAGAAUCCAAGCGCACCUAUUAUUGAAGGUGCUUUCUACGAACCUCUAAGUCGCGCUUCUUGGGCUGUCGCAAUUGGUUGGAUUGUAUGGGCCUGCUAUAAUGGCCAUGGUGGAAUUAUCAAUGAUUUCCUUUCUUGGGGCUUCUUCACAGGAUUCAGUCGCCUCACCUACUGCAUGUACGUUAUACACAGAAUUGUACAAUUAGUGAACGGUGGACGCAUUCAAACAGAUACUCAUUUUGGUGAUUACGAAAUGGUACUUCGUUGGUGGCACGAUUUCGGUGUAGCCCUAACUCUUUCCAUUUUUGCAACAUUAUCUUUCGAAUCACCUAUUUUAGGCAUCGAGAAGGCGAUUUUCGGACGUGGUGAAAGUAAACCAGCACCGAAAAAGAUCGAACCCACCUCUGCCCCUGCCGAGGUUGCGGUAGCAGUUGAGCCAACAAUUGGUGAAACUGCAAAAAACGAAGUAACUAAAGCUUAAGGUCGACUAAGAAUAUAAUGUUCACUAUGAAGUCUGAUACAUUCAGAUUGAUAUUAACCAAAGAAAUAUUAUGUCGUAAUUCAGAUAAAGUAAACGAAAUCGUAUUAUAUACGAUGUGUUCAAUAAAUUAUAUAUGUACAUAAGUACAUAUUUGUA